AUGUCUGGUGAACUCUACUGCAGUGUAUCCUGUGCGAAACAGGGCUUCUCGGAAGUUAACGCUCCACAGCAGCGUGUAAAACGUGCGUUCCAGCGUAAUCAGCAGGAAAGUAAUGGCAAAUCCAGCAAUUUCGAAUUGGUACCACGAGCACUGCGACUGUGCUCAGAUGAAGCAUUCGAAAAUGAUAUUAGGUUGUUGGCUCUGAGAAAACGUUAUGAGCAAAAGUCCGGUGCAAAGAAGCCAAUACCGCUGCUGAGCACCGAAAUUGAACAACAGUCCUUAGUUCCGAGCCGAAUAUCAAACCAAUUUGAUUAUAAAACAAGUAUCGACAAACAACGAGCCCUUAGUGCUAGAUAUGCACUGAUGAUAAGGAAUCGUCUUCGUGAGCAAAUGGUACUCGAGCAGCGGAUGGCAACUGUACAGGAUUUAGUGCACGAGCAACCAAUUCCAACAUUUCUGAGCUCUUUCGGAGGCAUGUUUUUUAGUCCCACACAAACAUCAAGGAAGUUGAAACCGACCCGACAACCGACAAUCAGACACCAGGUUUAUACUUUUACUCCAAAAAAGCAUUAUAGCUGA